UCAAGGACUUUCCGGUCUGUCUGAGGGUUUAAAUAGUAAUUUUCUGAUCAUAAUAAGUUGGCAGUGAGAGUCGUUUAGUUGGGUCUUUCACCGUAGAAAAAUUCCCACAAUGAAUAAAUUGCUAAUACUUUUGGCGAUAUUAUCAUUAUCCUCAGCAUCGCAUUUGCAUGCUAAGCGGCGGAAUAUUCCGAACGAUUUGUCGUGGCUUUUUUCGCUAGAAGAAUCUGAUCAAUCCAAUGAUGAAAAUGACGAUGAUGAUAAUGAAGUUGUACAACAUAAGAAAGUAAAGGUCUGUGAAACGGAGGAGUGUCGUAUAAUAGCUGAGGCAUUCCAUGAGACUAUGGAUAAAUCCGUUGAUCCAUGUGACGACUUUUACCAAUUCGCUUGCGGUGGUUGGGAGGAAAAGCAGCCUAUUCCGAAAUAUGAAGCCUCAUGGAGCAGAUUUCUGCAAUUCCAAUCGACAGUUGAGAGCCGCAUUCGAGACCUAUUGGAGGAGAAGUCAAGCGAUGAAGAGAUUCUUCCCGUCCGGCAAGCAAAGAAGUGGUACCGUUCCUGUAUGAAUACGGAGGCUCGUAAAGCCCGGAGUCUCAAGCCUCUCGAGUCAUAUAUUAUGCAGAAUGGUGGAUGGCCAAUGAUUAUGGACGCCGAAGAGUGGCAUGACGAGGACCUGUCGUGGCAAGAAGUAGACGCUUUUUAUACACAUUUGACAGGAGAAUCGACAUUUUGGAAAAUAGAACCACUAUCCAUGCCCGAUGAGGAACCCGACAAAGGAAUAAUAUUCUUUCCGGCAUCAUUGCCAUUCACGGGUCAAAUCCCAACAAAAUACAGAAACUACACAGGUGAAGACUAUGAAAUUUAUCGAAUGGUCAUCCAAGGUGUUGCCGCAUUAUUUAUUGAUCACACCCGUGCUAAUGUUUCUGAAGAACAGUUGGAGAAGGAUAUCGAUGGAGUGAUCGAACUGGAAAAAAUGAUUUACAUGGCUACUGAUGGAGAAACCGCUAUGGACAUACUGGAGGAAAUGGAAGAUGAUCUGGAUGAGACGGACCUUGAUACAUUCUUCGAGUGGUGGGGUAAUCAGACAAAAUCGAUUAAAGAUCCUCAGGCAAUUAUUGAUUGGAGAAAAGUCCUUCAACAUCUAUUCGAUAUUGCUAAUGUGGAAGUUGAGGGCAGUUUUCCUAUGGCUCUGGCAUCCCUGCGAUAUUAUCGUUUGCUGCCCAAAAUAUUGCGAUCGACGGAUAAACGAACAAUUGUGAAUUACAUUCACUGGAAUUUUGUGAGCCAAACUCUGAAGUACACGGUUGACGAAGUAAAUGAGGUGCUGUUCGCACUCAUGAAGGAAGAAUAUGGUGUGGAAGAACGAAAGCCCCUUUGGAGGGAAUGCGUGAAGGAAGUCAAGAUGACCGAUGCAACCGCAUUAUUAUUCAUCGCCACACACAUCAAAGAGAAGUCCUACAACUCUGUCGUCCGGAUGAUGGAACAUAUUCAGCAAGAAUUGAAGUGCCAAAUCGGGCACUCAAAUUGGCUAUCUGGGGAGGAGAAAAAGGAGGCGAAGACAAAGGUCGACGAAAUGCAAACCUUUAUUGGAUUCCCAGAGUGGUACAAAAAUAAAACCGCUGUUAUCAAUCACUACAAAGGGCUAACCAUUGGCAAUGACUACCUGGACAAUGUCUUGAGCUACAAGAGGUACGAGAAGAAAUUGGCCAUCCGCUCUUUCGGUGGAUACAAAGGCAAUGAGGCAUGGAUGAUGGACCCUCUAACAGUAAACGCAGCGUACGCGAUGGGUAUUAACAUAAUGGUUGUUCCAGCAGUUGACUUCCAACCUCCUCUUUUCGGGGACAAGGUACCAAACUAUGUUAAUUACGGCACUGCAGGAGUAGUAAUCGGACACGAGAUGGGCCAUGGUUUGGAUUAUGCUGGGCUCGUAACAAAUGCCUCCAUCCAGGAGAAAAUGGCCAAAUUUUAUUACCAACAAGCUAAAUGCUUCAUCGAUCAAUUCGAUGAAUAUUAUGGAGGACAAACUGUGAAACCUUCCCCAUUUAGUGACGACAGUUCAGAGACGAAAGGACAAAGGACCGUUCAGGAAAAUGUGGCUGAUACCACCGGUCUUGAAGCCGUGUUGCGUGCCUACAAGCGCAUGCAGAAGCAUAAGAGACCGCAUGAGGAAUUGAAACUUCCAGGAUUCGAGGAGUACACCGACGAGCAAAUGUUCUUCAUAUCUUUCGCUGGGCUAUGGUGUGAAGUAACUACUCCGCAGUAUCAUAAAAGAAAUAGCGUAAUGAACGACGUUCACAGCCCAGGGAAAUACCGAGUGUUGGGCUCAAUUUCUAAUACUGAGGAGUUUGAAAAAAUUUUCAACUGUCCGAAAGGGAGUCCCAUGAACCCGGAGGACAAGUGUAGUGUUUGGAUGAAACCGGACGCCGCGUCCAAGCGCAGACAGCCGAAACAUUCAAAACGACAUCAUUGGUCUCAGCACAAAAACUGGUGAACGACAUGACCCUUUUCAUCGCUAGGAUGGGAUUUGGCUAUUUCAAUGACUGCACAUGAGAAUUUAUGAGCUACGAGCUAAAAGUACAAAAAUCUAACUGAAACGACGUUUGGAUAAGUGUAAAUAACUUAUGGCGUCAACUUCAUAUUCAGUAGUUUUUUCGGUAAACGCUUAGUACUUCCCCCUUCCUCGGAAAUACCCCCUGAUUUUUACAUGAACCGAUGCUUUUUAACCCUCUGAUUACGUAUUCGUAAACCGAUUUUUGAGGAAACAAUUAGUUUCCUCUGUACGUUUUUAUUGAUAUACCGGUCUUUGCAUUACCCAGGGGCAUAACAGGUAUCGCCCCAACGACAACACAUGUUGGUACAUUUAAUUGGACAGAUUGGUCUUUGCCCAAUCCUUCAUAUAAACAUGGGGAUCAGUACCAUAUCUGUAUUAUAAUUUCUGAGAGGAAGGGGGGGAGCUACUCUACACAUUUACCGUUUUUUUGUUAUGGAAAUAAGAAUUCAUACGUUAAAAAGGUGUAUUCUGUUAUCAACAUAGUGUUGCAUAUUUAUAUUUGAACAUGAGAAAAUCCCUCAAGAAGGCCAACGUACACUCCCCAAUUGUCUCCUUCGUACUUCUAUUCUUGUAAACAUUUUUCCAAAUAUUUAUCAGUUCUCCUAUGUGCAAUCGUGAAAAUCCAGUCAAGCAUUUAUUUGACUUUUUAGUGCCACUAUCAUCUGCCCAACCCAAUUGCCUCCCUGGUAUCGUUCCUGGGAACAUCAGGCCCAAUCCGGGUUUUCCGCGAUCCCGUCUAGCUCAAUUAACACUUCUACUUUCUCACCCCCUCUUUCAAGAACCAUCCCUGUCUCCGGACGGACCAAUUACACCCCUACUAACUAUCCUCAUAAGACUCUUCCUUCAAAACCCCGCACUUUUACUAGACACAACUAAUCAAACCCUAAAAAGCGUAUCAAUCAAUCGGGAAAAUAUGUAAGGUAUUAAAUAUUAUACAUACUAUAAGUCUCGAAAAAUAAAGAUUUCGUGUUAAGCAGGGCUUAUUAAUUUUGAAUGCUGAAACCAAAAAUAAAAAACAUGAAUUAAAUACAAAGAAAA